AUGGCAGAGCGCGGCGGCUGCGACGUCAACAGCCUCAGCAUCCCGGUGCCCAUCCGUCGCGGGGGCUCGGAGUCCAACUUGGACGUGGUCGACAGCAUCGGAGUCGAUGGCGUGGGUCUGGAUUUCACCAAGGGAGCCUUGGGCAUCGACAGCCUGCAGCAGAAGAUCCUUAAGGUGACGGAGCAGAUAAAGGUGGAGCAGACGGCCCGGGACCAGAAUGUGGCCGAGUACCUGAAGCUGGUGAACAACGCCGACAAGCAGCAGGUGUCUCGGAUACGUCAGGUCUUCGAGAAAAAGAACCAGAAGUCUGCGCAGUCCAUCGCCCGGCUGCAGCGGAAGCUGGAGCAGUACCACCGGCGCGUGAAGGACGGCGAGACCAACGGCAAGUCCAGCCACAGAGACGGCGGCGGCAGCAGCAGCCGGGAGUCCGGGACGCACAGCAAGGAGGGCAGCCUGCGCGACGUCAGCGCCUCGGGCCGCCACCCGGCGCUGGACAAGGUGAAGACCAUCGGGCCCGGCGUGUCGCUCUCGCCGCCGUUCUUCUUCAACAAGUCCAGGGAGAUCGCCAACCUCAUCAGGAACAAGUUCGGCAGCGCCGACAACAUCGCCCACCUGAAGAGCUCCCUGGAGGCGGGGUCGGGGCUGGCGGCGGAGGGCGGGGCCAGGGGCCUGAGCGGCAGCGCCACCACGGUGGCCAAGCCGGCCAAGUACCAGAGCGAUGACGAGUGCUCCACGGGGACCUCGGCGUCAGCCGACUCCAAUGGGAACCCGGCGGGGGGGUCGGGGGCGGGCUCCGGAGGCCCCGGCCGGUCGGACUCCGGCGGGCGGCUGGUGGAAGUGCUGGACGUGGUGCGGGAGAUCCGAGAGGCCCAGUCGCAGCUGGCCGAGGACAUGGAGACCCUGAGCACGCAGUUCAAGAGAGACUACAGCUACUUCACGCAGGUGAUGCAGGAGGAGAGAUACAGGUAUGAGCGGUUGGAGGACCAGUUAAACGACUUGACGGAGCUCCACCAGCACGAGACCAGUAAUCUGAAGCAAGAGCUUGCCAGCAUUGAGGAGAAGGUGGCCUACCAGGCCUACGAGAGAGCCAGGGAUAUUCAGGAGGUGCUGGAGUCCUGUCAGACCCGCGUGUCCAAGCUGGAGCAGCAGCAGCAGCAGCAGACGGUGCAGCCGGAGAACCCCGACGCCAAGGUGCUGCUGGGCAAGUGCAUCAACAUCAUGCUCGCCAUCGCCACCGUCAUCCUGGUGUGCGUCUCCACCGCCAUCAAGUUCACGGCGCCGCUGCUGCGCAGCCGCCUGCACCUGGCGCUCACCUGCGUGGGCGUGUCGGUGCUGGCGCUGCUGUGGAAGAACUGGGAACAUUUGCAGUACUCCCUGGAGCGACUGCUGCUCCCGCACUGA